GAGGAAAAAAUUGAUUCUUUUCCAUUAAACAGUACGUGAUGUGUUUUUUAUGAAGUAGGCAUCAGUUGAAAGAGAAAUAUUUUUCAACUAGAAAGAAACUAAAGAGAGAGAGAGAGAAAGGGUAUGGAGGGAUCAGGGGAUAAAUGUGUGUCUUACUUUCUUGCCAUUUCAAGUAAUGAGAAAGUUGAAAAGCAUUCCACUGGGGUUACAUCAUGUGUUUACUUGAGAUUGGCGGUAUUAAACUUUUUAAUGCUAAUAACGGCCUUUAUUUUUUUCUUUCUAUUAAGCACAUUUAGAAUUCACACACCAUUGCUUUCCCAGUUGUAAACACUGUGUUGCUUGUUUUCAGGUUUGCCAAAGAUGUAAGUCAUUAGGAACUACACUGGGACACCACCUCCAACUCUCCACGAAGGACCACCCUUGCAUAUCCAGGCAGGGGAUACAGUGGAGCUUCUGAGAGCAGAUGCACACAGUGUGUUUUGGCAGGGACGAAAUUUAGCUUCAGGAGAAGUUGGAUUUUUUCCAAGUGAUGCUGUCAAACCUUCCCCAUGUGUGCCUAAACCAGUAGAUUAUUCUUGCCAACCCUGGUAUGCUGGCGCAAUGGAAAGAUUGCAAGCAGAAACUGAACUUAUCAAUAGGGUAAAUAGUACUUACCUUGUGAGGCACAGGACCAAAGAGUCGGGAGAAUAUGCAAUUAGCAUUAAGUACAAUAAUGAAGCAAAGCACAUCAAGAUUUUAACAAGAGAUGGCUUUUUUCACAUUGCAGAAAAUAGAAAAUUUAAAAGUUUAAUGGAACUUGUGGAGUAUUACAAGCACCAUUCUCUUAAAGAAGGGUUCAGGACUCUAGACACAACUCUGCAAUUUCCAUACAAAGAGCCAGAACAUUCAGCUGGACAGAGGGGUAAUAGAGCGGGCAACAGCUUGUUAAGUCCCAAAGUGCUGGGCAUUGCCAUUGCUCGAUAUGACUUCUGUGCAAGAGAUAUGCGAGAGCUCUCCCUGUUGAAAGGGGAUGUGGUGAAGAUUUACACAAAGAUGAGUGCGAAUGGCUGGUGGAGGGGAGAAGUAAAUGGCAGGGUGGGCUGGUUUCCAUCCACAUAUGUUGAAGAGGAUGAAUAAAUUCCAAUCCAGUAUUGCACCCUGCACCACAAUCUCAGAGAAGGGAUAAGCAGAAGCCUGCACAGCAUUAUGAGUUAACCGAAGUGUUUAAAAAGCUGCAUUUCUGGCUGUUCAACACCCUCCCUCCUUUGCCCCCGCCUAAGUCUUAAUGCUGGGAUUUCUAAAGAUGCUGGUACUGACAGAUUAAUGGCUUGCCUAGAGCGGUGCAAGAAACAGCCUGCCUGUCUGUCAUUGUCAGGGACCAGGGCAAAGCCAAAAACUUUUCUUUCCAAAAGAGCCCAGCAAACACAUUGGUUCAGGUUUCUCUUUACUGUAUUGGGUCAGACACCAUAAAUCCAUAAAUGCUUCAGACGUAUUUACUUUGUUUUCACGCGCUGUUCACCACAGUAUUUGAUGGUACAAAGAAACAGAAGUUUAAUUUUACUUUUUCCCAGCAUGGAGAACACAGAGUUCUGCCAUCUGGGAAUGAUCCAGCUUACUGGAAAGAUCCAGCAUUUCUUGUCUUAAAUUGUUCAACAAGUGACUCAUUGCCUGGCAAACACCUUUAUCCCCAGAUGUUACUCGUGAGAAAAUACAAGAGGCAAAUGCUCAGGUUUGCAUCAUAAGUGAUAUAUUACAGAAAGGUUUUAAUUAUUCAUUUGAUAUCCUGAUUAUCGUUCCACACUUCUUUACGAAGAGAAAAAAGAAAAGCACAUGGAAGGAAGUGUUUUUGUAUUAAAUCUUCCCAACCUUCAUGACUUCAUAGGAACAUUUUGGAAAUGUAGCACUUGACAAAAGAAUCUUGGCUGGAUAGAUCAUACUUAGUUCACAGGAACCCAAGUAAGAUAGUGUUGUUUGCUGAAACAGAUCAAGUGCUAUAAAGGAUAUUAAAUUAUUGUAUAGUAGCAACAACUAUUAACAUAUGGCUCCCCCAUCCCUGAAAGACCCCAGGACAUAUUUGCUCAUUUCAACUGUUUGUUGUUUUAUUUUUUAUUCUUUUCUGAUUUUUAGAAUCUACACUAGCACAGUGCGCCCUUGAUGCAUUUCUGAAACAGAGGAGCGGCUCUGGGCGUUUAUGUUCCUCUGGCUCCUCUCAGGCUUCCCUUGUGCAGACUAUUGUAGAUAUUUCUUAGCCAGUGGGAAGAUCUGUUUUACAGCAUAUUUAUUCCCUCAAGCCUUCACUGUGUUCUAUGAGGAGUCUGUCUUCUUCCUGGAUGCAUUGAGUCCCAGUAGAGACAGUCGGGUUAAGACACUAACUUGGCCCUUUCAUAGUGGACUGUGCCCUCACAGUGGCUAUGUUCUGAAAAGAUUCAGGAAGUGUUUUGUGCUUGGGAAAAACAACAUAGUAGAAGAAUUUAUACCUUAGAGGUGAACUAGAAGCUUCUAAUUUCAGAAUUUUGGAUCACCUCUCCCUGCCCACAUGGGUACCAGAACUUGAAGUUCAGUGGACACAUCUCCCUCAAAGGGACUCCCAGGAGUUAGGAUUUCACAUCUAGUUAGAUUCAAGACCUUUACCUCAGAAUUAUGUAAACUGUGAUUGUGUUUUAGAACAACUAUUAUUCGCUAAAAUCAAUUAAGUUUUUGUAUAUCUGUAAAUGGUCAUGAACAUGUAUUUUAUAAAAUGUACUGUACAGCGACCUUGCACAAGCAAGGUGUACUCUUGGAGUGGAUUCUUAUCCAUGAAGACUUAUCUGCAACGUCUUGGAAUGUUUUGUCUGUUACUGUCAGCCAAAUGUUGCUAUGGAGAGUACAGCUUCCCACAGAUCGAUAGGCUCCUGUGAACAGUAUUGUGCUGUGUGUUCUUCCUGUUGCAUUUCAUUGGCCUGGGGGUUUCAUAGCAGAGGAUAUUAGAACCCCUUUUCAUGACAUUACCAAUUCUAUCUUUGUCUACAGUUAAUACUUUGUAUUUGAAAUUUUAAAUGCUGCAAUGUGUGUAGAUUUCUAAUACCAAAGACAGAAGUCAGUGUUUUCCAUGUACUUUGUCUAGCCCAUCUGCAGCUUUUGUGUAAUAUGGUGAUUUAGAGCGGUAUUUUACUUUGUAAUAUUUUGUAAAUAUGUUAAUAAAAUACUUAAU